UAACUUAAAAUGUAAAAAUUUUAUAGGGGUGUUAUAAUAAAAAUCCAGAGCAGACAACAAAAUAAACAAAACACAAAGAAACAAGCAAAUAAACAAACAAACAAACAAACAAACAUUAUUAUCACGUGGUGCGUGUAUAAUGUCUUCCAGAACAUUUAAUACUCAAGCAUCAGUCAUUCAAGAUCGUUAUAAAAUUUGCUUCUGUGGUAAAUACGGCGUUGGCAAGACAACAAUUUUCCGUUGUUUGAGAGAUCAUGUGAGAACUGUGAAUAGAAAUAAUGCGUUGGAAGGUGGUCCACCGGACUCUGGUGGUAUUGGAAUUGAUAGUAUCACGUAUGUUCUUCCGGAGUUGAAUUCAGAAGUUAUUCUCUUUGACACCGGGGGUUUAGAACGACAUAACUCGUUGUCAUUGGGCUCGUAUUUCAAGAAUGCAGCAUGCAUAGUUGCAGUGUAUGAUGUCACAGACCUCGACUCACUUUUUUAUUUAGACAGAGAAUUUACGAACAUUACUCAACGUGCUUAUUGCGAUUCUGCAAAAUACAUCAUCUUCCGUAACAAAUCCGAUAUGCCUCCAGGAAGGGUGCGUGUGGAAAAAGAGCGGGAAACAGACUUUUUGAGUAGCACUGUGGAAUUUAAGGAACAUAUAUAUGAUAUUGUAGAAACGUCGGGUUUGAUGGAUAGUGGUAUUAAAGACUUUUUUUUACGUGGUUUAAUCGAAGUAUUGAAAGAUGCACAACCCACACGACCGACUGUUCAACCUUUCAAAAGAUUUUAUAGCGAAAAUAACGGCAAGAAAUCCUUCUGCUGUUAACAUUGACAUUUCCAUGAAUUUAGAUAUGCACAUGUAAAUGACGUCUCUGUUCCUGAUCAUUUUUAUGUUAAAUAAAAUCAGGUGAAAUGCCCUCUAAAGGCGGAUUUUCAUGAAGUGAAUUGCACGGCGAAUUUGGCGCUAAAGUGUAUUCUAGUAUGCGCAUUUUCGUUGGGUUUCAUUUUGCUUCGAAAAAUUCGCUUUGUCGAAGAGUAAGUAGAAGUAAGUAGAAAAGUAAGUAGAAACAGUUCCUACUUUUUAGCAGAAAAAUAUUUCUCUGUAAAAUUUUAACCAAUCCGAACGCAAAUCAUUAUUAUUUAUGCUUAGAAAUUUGUUUUGAAUUCAAAAAAGAUGGUUUACUUGUUUUUCCGCCGAAUUCCACAUUCACUAUUCUCUUUCUUUAAUUAAACCAGUGUAAGUUCUUUUACCUAACAUCUGCAGUUUCUUGCUGACGCAGAAGACUGUUUAUUGGAUGGUUUUGUAAAUUCCAUACUGAAUGAAUGACAGGUAAGGACAGCUAUGUUGUUGUUCAGUAAUCCUUAAAUUAUUAUUUUUGUGAAAAUAUAGAUGGGAUGAUAUUCAGUAGAGAUAUUGUAAUUUUUUAUUAUGCAAAAUAUAACCAAAUAGAAUUUGUAAAUUGUCAA